ACUUCAAACGCCACUGCGACAGCAUCAGCACGAGCCAUUACUUUCACCCGGCACGAGCACGCAUUUGUUACUGAAGCGAUAGCUAACGUGUUCCACGUUGCGCAGCAGACACAGUGGGGCGAGAGGACUACCACGACACACCACACCUACAGAGACCGAGACAGGCCGAUUUACGGACCAGGGCUCGAACCUAAGCCUUACUCGAGACGGGGCCGAUUCCGAAGGAUACCAGCACGACGGCGCGCAAGCAGCGCUGCUUGCUCGAGCAGGAGAGGCUGUGCGACUGUUGUUCGUGCUUGUCGGCCUCCGGGAAGCUGCAUUGCGGGAGCCGGAGGAGAGCGAAGACGAGACGGACGAAGACGACGACGACGAACACUACAUCAGUCCGGCACUCGCGCGAAGGAGCGGCAGAAUGGCAAUUGAUCACAUACCGUAUCCAGAGACACACGACCUCGCGCGCGCAGAGAAGGCAUUCUACCCUGUGACUAUACCUGUAUCACAUUGGCAGCUACGCCAUUACAUCUCCUCGCCGGAACCCGACCACCUCUACUAUGCGAGCGCGCACCAUGUAUUCUGCCUUAACACUGCAACGAAAAAGCGGAAACACAUUGCAACACUGCCAUUCGAGGCGCGGUGCACGGCCUCUGGCUAUGGAUACGUUUGUGUAGGUGGGGAGGACGAGGGACAUUUUGCGGCGAUCAAAAUCAACGGAGCACUCGAUGUUGAUGCGGCGCUGCCACUCAGCAGCCUGGGCCAGAAUGUCACACGAAGAGCGGCAACGGUCAAGGUCGAAAGGAUAGGAGAAGAGAUAGUAAACUCGAUCUCGAUCCAUCGCAUCCAGGACGAAGAAGCACAUUUGGACGACAUUGUGGCCGUGUUGACAAACAACGAUCGCACAGUCCGUAUAUACAGCCUGCCCACUGGACAUGAAACGAAGUGCAAAGGGAUCCCAUUCGCGGUGAAUCAUGCCACGAUCUCACCCGAUGGUCAGGUACUGGUAGCGGUUGGGGACUACAAUCAGGCACAUUUCUAUCGACGGGUGAUAUUGGACGAUCCUCCUCAGAUACCGAAGCCUCACAAUCGCUUAACGAGCGCAAGCGUGGACUGGAAGCUACUUUGCAAGGUCUCAUUGCAUGUGAGCUCACCGGACUCGACAGUAGGAUACUUCACUACGGCAUGGAGCCCCAAUGCUCGGCUUGUGGCGGUGGGCAGCGAGGGCGGUUACAUCACAAUCAUCGAUCGCGACAUACUCGAGGACGAUGAGUUGGACGAGGAAAACCGAGACGAAGCCGUCAUUGCUGUGGUACCUGGUUCGCGAGCCGAUUUCCCGAGCCCGCAUCCUGGAGCGAUCAGGAGCAUGGUGUUCAGUCCCGACCCGUGGGACCUGUUGAUAUGGAGCGAAGACCAGGGCAGGGUUUGCGUUGGAGAUCUGAGGACUGGGCUUAAGAGUCGACAAAUAAUCGAUUUGGAACCCAAGGACGAGCACCUGCAUAAAUACGAGAUGGAAAUUGUAGACCCGGACGAGGCAGCACUACCCGCUGUGUCCCAGCCCACUCAUCUGGACGAGCUGGAGGCCGACUUGCUGCGCAGAUAUCGAGCGGCGCCAGACAAUGCCAGUGCUGUAAACUUCGCGACAGAGUACAUCGAGGCGAGGAGACGGCAAAGAGAGCACCGACAAGCUCUGGCUGCUGCGCGGCAGCAAAUCACACAAUCGGGCUCGCGAGCUCGACUCGCCGCGGCUGAGGCUAUGGAGGACGACCCUCAAGGAUUGACAUCACGGGAACAGCAGAUACUCGAGACAUUGCGCACGACACGACAGCGGGAGGAGGCGCGGGCGAAUGGCCAGAUACCGAGAUCUGUCAACUAUACCACUCCAGACAUGUUCACAACUUCGGCGCCUACAAGAAGUGGGCGAGAGACGCCCUCGAGCGGAUCAAUGUCACGGCCUAUCAGUGAGAUACUGAGUUCUGUACAGGAGACGUUGCCAACGCUAGAGCGGAUACAUGCUGCCAAUCCGACAACGGCCUCUCACACUGUCGACAACGACGAUCUCUUGCCUCCUCUGGCCACAAUGCGAGAAGCACUGGCCGCAUGGAGUAGCAACAGCGACGGCGUCCCCGCACCGCGUAGUACUACCAACGCUAGAAGCGCGGAUCGCACAAGGGCAGCUGCAGGUCUAUCCGGAGGAGAGUCUUCACGACGAGCCGCCGAACGAGGAUCAGGGUCGUCGCCGUCCAACGCCGACGAGCAUACUGCGGAUGGCAGUCAGGAUGACAAUCCUUGGAUCGUCAUUGAAGAACAAAUGGGAAGAGGGCCUUUGUUCGAGGCAGCAGCUAGAGCGAACCCGUCAUCGCCGCUCCCUGCAGAACGUGAGCGCGACGCUGAGCGCGAUGCCCGCCGGGAACGAUACGAAUCAAUACAGAGCGAACUGGAUACGCAACGACGUAUCGCUGCAUCAGCGGCUAGAAACCGAGAGCGCUGGCGAUCUUCUCGUCUCGCCGGCAGCGGUAUCAGCAGUGCAGCAGCUGAACGUGCCAUCGCCAUGGCCGAAGCUCGUCGGUCUGCAGCGUAUCCUGAUCAAUAUGAAGCUCUGAUCCGGAGAACUCAGCUGCGAGGCUGGGGCAACCCCACUGGACGAGAGAUUGGUGUUAGAACUGCUGGUCUGGCCAUGAGUCCGGACGGGCGCAUGCUCUGGGCCGCCUGUGAAGACGGAAUUUUCGAGAUCGAUAUCAGGACCAAGGGCAGAAUGUUUCUUCCGAGCUUGCAGCCGCGAUAGGCAGGUCACGGAUGGUUCUGCUGGAGCACUUUUGGGUCUACUAAAGCGAAAGCAUCUUAUUGCUCGUUGUAGCAGGAUUCAAGGUGCAUGAAUGGGACGAAAUUGACGACUGACAUGCCAUAGUCUUGAGCGUAGCACUGUGGACAGCGCCUUACUUAAUAUCAAAAUCAUAGCUCUGC